GAGAUUUUUUUUCUCAAGCCUUAUCCCCGUAGCCUGACCGUCUCCUUGUCAGCUGAGCAUGUAACGCAGUUUGUUUCGGCCCCUGUUAUGCUGUCAGACUCCUGCUCCUCGCUGCCCCAAAAUUCAAAUUCCGAGAAUGUCAACUGCUUCAGCGGCUCUCUCGCUAACUUCUUCUAGUGUUUUUGCAAUACCCGGUUUGAGAGGAAGGCAGCUUAUCUCAGUGAGAGGAGUCUUUGCAGAUCCAAACCCAAGGCCUGUGACCAAAGAGCUCCACUUCAACCAUGACGGCUCUGCUAUAAAGAAACUUCAGGCAGGGGUAGACUUGCUUGCUAACCUUGUGGGAGUAACUCUGGGUCCCAAGGGAAGGAAUGUCGUGCUGCAGAACAAGUAUGGGCCACCAAAGAUUGUCAAUGAUGGUGUUACUGUAUGUAAAGAGAUUGAAUUGGAGGAUCCAUUGGAGAAUAUUGGUGCCAAACUGGUGAGGCAGGCAGCUGCAAAGACGAAUGAUAUUGCUGGAGAUGGAAGCACGACGUCUAUUGUUCUCGCGCAAGGCCUCAUCACGGAGGGCCUCAAGAUUAUUGCUGCAGGUGCUAAUCCAAUUCAAAUUGCACGGGGGAUUGAGAAGACAGCAAAACUACUCGUUCACGAGCUCAAGUUAAUGACGAAGGAGGUUGAAGAACACGAAUUAGCAGAUGUUGCUGCAGUGAGUGCUGGGAAUGAUUAUGCAGUAGGGAAUCUGAUACUGGAUGCUCUCAGAAAAGUUGGCUGGAGGGGUGUGGUUAUGAUUGAGAAAGGGAAAUGUACUGAUCACCUAGUGGAAUUUGUGGAGGGGAUGCAUUUUGAUCGUGGUUAUUUGUCUCCUUAUUUUGUCACAGACCGUGAGAAGAUGUCUUGUGAGUUCCACAACUGCAAGUUACUCCUUGUCGACAAAAAAAUUACCAAUGCAAAGGAUGUGUUUAAUGUUCUGGAAGGGGCAGUUAAAGACAAGUUUCCGAUUGUAAUAGUUGCAGAAGGAAUUGAGCAGGAGGCAAUGGCUCCAAUAAUUAAGAACAAACUAAGAGGAGUUCUAAAAGUAGCUGCUGUCAAAGCCCCUGCUUUUGGGCAGCGUAAAAGCCAUUACUUGGAUGACAUUGCCAUUUUGACAGGAGGUACGGUGAUCAGAGAUGAUAUAGGUUUGAACCUUGCCACAGCUGGGAGAGAAGUUUUAGGGUCUGCAUCAAAGGUUGUCAUAACAAAGGACUCUACAUUGAUAGUUACUGAUGGGAGAACUCGAGAUGCUGUGAAUCAACGAGUGGCUCAAAUUCAUGCACUUAUUAAGAAUUCGGAAGAAAAUUUUGAUAAGAAAAUAUUGAAUGAAAGAGUUGCAAGAUUAUCUAGGGGAAUUGUGACUAUUCAGAUUGGAGCAUUUACAGAACCAGAGCUGAAAGAUAAAAAGUUAAGAGUUGAAGAUGCUCUGAAUGCAGCAAAGGCAGCCAUUGAUGAAGGCAUUGUAGUUGGUGGUGGUUGCAGUCUGUUGAGGCUCUCUUUGAAAAUUGACAAAGUGAAGGAAACUCUAGGAACUGAAGAAGAGAAGAUUGGUGCAGAUAUUUUCAAAAGAGCACUGGCUUAUCCAAUCAAAUUGAUUGCAAAAAACGCAGGUCAAAAUGGUAAUGUUGUUAUAGAGAAGGUUCUAGCAAUUGAUGACGUUCGGUAUGGUUAUAAUGCUGCAAAAGACCAGUUUGAGGAUUUGAUGUCUGCUGGAAUUAUCGAUCCAUCAAAGGUUGUUCGGUGCUGUUUGGAGCAUGCUGCUUCUGUUGCAAAGGUCUUUCUUACCUCCGAUGUUGUUGUUUCUGAAAGCAAAGAUAUGCAGCUGAUUCCCAUGAGAAGGUUGAUGCCAAGAAGGCGGCCAAAAUUGGAGCUGCCAUUUCGCAUGAAAAAGCCAAUGAAAGUUUCAGGUAUUGGGUUUUAAUCUGAACCAUUGUGAUUCUUCCUGGAGGCUGUAGAUGUUAGACGUUUUGAUAUAUCAAAAUUUAACUUAAUCCUAGUGAAAGGCGUGAAUCUGCAUAAUUCUUUUUUGCGUUGGCAAGAAUUUUACUCAGCACUGUAGUGUAUCAGACACAAUAUUAUGGUUUACAGGAUGAAUUGUGUAUUUUGAAGCGGAAGCAGAAAGGAUGGCAAAAUUUGAGGGCCGAACAACUGGAGGCACUCUUCUAA